AUGGGUGCCAUAGCGAGCCGAUACCGUGUUUCUAACUCGGCUUUAUCUAGCACUGAUAUAAAAAAUUUAGAAGAUGCAAACAAACGUGAAAACCCUGGCACUUUAGAUGAAUUACACAAAAAGACGAAAGAUGUAAUGCCAGUGAACUUUGAGGGAGGUAAACUGAUGGUUAAUAAGGGCAUAUCAAACCACUUUCAGAUGUCACAUACUUUAACUAUGAGUACAGCUCAAAAUGGGUACAAGCUUGGUGCAACAUACAUUGGCACAAAGCAAAUAUCACCAACAGAGGCAUUUCCUGUGGUUCUAGGUGAUGUAGAUCCAGCGGGCAAUGUUAACUUUAACUUUAUACAUCAAUUAUCACCUGAUGUUCGAGUUAAGGCAGCUGCACAGAUACAGGAAUGCAAAUUAACAGCUACUCAAGGUACUUUUGAGUACAAAGGUUCAGAUUACACUUUGGCUAUGGCAGUUGGAAAACCUGACUUUAGUGAGAAGUCUUCUGUUUUUGUAGGACACUAUUUACAGUCAGUAACUAAGCGGCUUGCGUUGGGAGCAGAGCUGGUCUAUCAAUCAAGUGCACGUGUCAUGGGUGGAGAGAUAGCAAUCGCGUCAGCUGCUGCUAGAUAUACUAUGGAUGAUUCAGAAGUAUCAGCAACAUUAGGACCAGCCAGUUUCCAUGUGUGCUACUUUAAACAAGCCAGUGAACAACUACAAGUGGUGGCCGAAAUGGACACCUCAUUCAGAGGAAUGGAGUCUGUAGGCACCAUAGGCUACCAAGUUACUAUACCUAAAGCGGAACUUGUGUUUAGAGGUAUGGUAGACUCAAACUGGAACAUAGGAGCUGUGCUGGAGAAGAAAUUACAGCCAUUACCAUUCACAUUUGCCCUCUCUGGUAUGGCCAACCAAGCCAAACAACAAUUCAAGUUUGGUUGUGGUCUUAUCAUUGGCUAG